UGUGCGCCGCGGUCGCCAUUUUGCGGGGAGGGGAGCAGUGUUUUACCUUCCGACUCCGUUCCGUAUCCGAGCGGUGUUGCGGCUCCCAACGACCUCCGAUCUAUCGGCCUUCCCGAACUCUCAAGCCUCCUCUUUUUGCGCUCUGAUUUCAGGACUUUCUCCACAGCUAGGCCUUUUUCCGUGCCAGAUGUCCUUUGACCUCUUGACCUCUGACUCAAAGGUCAGCGCUAAGGUUCCAAACUCAGAGCCACCAAUUCAUCCUCCAGAAACUCCUGCCCCCCAGGCCCCCAUCAUCGCACCUCCUCCCCUACCCCCAAAUCUCCCGGACAUAGCUUUUCCACCCUCUCCCUUGAGUCUCCAGGCCCCUGUACCCCCACCACCCCCACUGCCACCUCCACCACCUGCCACCGGCUUUGCUCCCCCUCAUGUCUUCGGCCUGGAGAAGAGCCAGCUCCUGAAGGAGGCCUUGGAGAGGGCCAGCCCAGUCCCCAAGAGCAGAGAGGAUGUCAAGAGGCUCCUGAAACUGCACAAGGACCGUUUCAGAAGUGACCUGCAGUGGAUUCUCUUCUGCGCCGACCUGCCCUCCCUCAUCCAGGAAGGCCCUCAGUGCGGGCUGGUGGCCUUGUGGAUGGCAGGCACUCUCCUGGUGCCCCCCAGCGGCAUCCCCCUGGAGAGACUCGUGCAGGUGGCCGUGGAGAGAGGAUACACGGCCCAGGGGGAGAUGUUCUCAGUGGCCGACAUGGGCAGGCUGGCCCGGGAGGUACUGGGCUGCCAGGCGGAGGUGCUCCACGGCGGCCUGGGCAGUCCCAACCGAGACCAAGUCCUGCAGCACCUUGUCGCCGGACAUCCCCUGCUUAUCCCCUACGACGAGGACUUCAACCACGAGCCAUGUCAGCGGAAGGGUCACAAGGCCCACUGGGCAGUGAGUGCAGGGGUGCUGCUGGGUGUGCAGGUUGUGCCCAACGUCGGCUAUGCAGAGGACCCGGAGCUGCCUGGCCUGUUCCACCCAGCAGCUGGCUCGCCCCACCAGCCACCAGCCUUGCCAGAGGAAGGCUCCACAGGCACCGUCUACCUCCUCUCCAAGCAGGGCAAGAGUUGGCACUACCAGCUGUGGGACUACGACCAAGUCCGGGACAGCAACCUACAGUUGACAGACUUCUCGCCCUCGAGGGCCAUGGAUGGCCGGGAGUAUGUGGUGCCUGCCGGCGGGGUGCGGGCCGGCCUCUGUGGCCAGGCCCUGCUCCUUCGACCCCAGGACUCAAGCCACCAGCCUGCUGCAGCCCCAGGCCAGGGUGACAGGGCCCAGAGUACUCCAGCUUCUCCCUCUGCGUGACGGCCUGAGGGUUUGGGCUGGAUCUCUGAGGACCUCCAGCCAGGAUCCUUCUUUCAGGGGCCCCCAGAAUCCAUCCAGUCCCAAUCCUGGGCAUCGCCCCAACUCCCCCUUCCCCAAGCCCACCCUCCAAUGUCAAGCAUCUCCUCUGGGCUGGGGUGCUGGGGCCAGGAGUCUGACGGACAGGCUCCCUCUGCAGGGCAGCCUGACAAGCACUCAGACCCAGGUCCUGUCCACCCCACCUCGGUGUUUAUCACUGGUGACCACCCUCUUCUAAACCACCACCCCCUCUCUGGAUGUGUGCGAGCGCCUCGCCGCUGGAGCCCUUGCUGCCUCCCGGUGCCGUUCCCGGGGAAGCCUAGGAAACCAGGCCUCUCCACUGCCCGCCAGAGACGCUCCCCGUAGCUCUUUGCUACUCAAAGGACAGGGACUCAACUCUCCCGGCCCCAACUCCCCUCCCCUAACCCGGGCUAUUCUUCCCCACACUUUGUGCCAGACUGGCCUCUCAGGUACCUAGAGUGUCCUGCUCCCCACCCCCCCACCACCCUUCUAUUAAAAAUAACUCAGAAA